AACCUAAUCUUUACAAGCUAUCGACAAAAUCAUCGAUAAUAAGGCAAUCGCAAAGCAAAAAUAAUUUUGGAAAGUGCAAAUUGCGAACAACGACAAAACUGACACAGGGCCAGGGACGUUGACGUCGUCGCCAUCGUCGUGAUAAUUGGAAAGUGGCAAAAAAAAAGCAACAACAGUAAACGAGCGCACAACGGUAAUAGCACUCAAUACACACACAAACGAACAUAUGUGCACACACAAGCACGCACACAUGGAGGCGUUUGUUUGAUGUACAAUUUAGAGCAAUCGAGCAACGAACAAAAGACAGACAAACAAAUUAUGACGGCGCGUGAAAAUGUUGCCAGCCGCUUGUCCAAAUUGAUGCUCAGCAAUAGCAAUAGCAAUAGCAACAGCAACAGCAAUGGCAGCAGCAACAGCAACAGCAUCAACGGCAGUUCAGCAGCCACGACGGCAGCAACGAUGUCCAUGGUGCAAUCACCGACGUCGCCUGGCGAGCAAUCCGAGUUGAAUCAAUUGAAACGCGAUGCGGAUCCGCAGUUCUCACGAUUUGCCGAUUAUUUUGUGAUAUGUGGCUUGGAUUUAGAUACGGGCCUGGAGCCCGAUCGUUUUGCUGGUGAUAAUUUGCACUGUUCGCCGCUGGAUCGCGCCUACAAGAGCAAACCAUUAGCCCAUUAUCCCGAAAAUGUACCCUGGAAUCCAUUCGAUGCACACGGCAUAUGUAUGUUGUCGCUGCCGCAGGGCCUGCGCUUUCGCACCCAGAAACACAAUAUUGAACCAAAGUUCCAUUCGUUUGCCACAACGAGAGAGGAUGGCAAACGUUGUUAUGGCUUCAGUUUGGUUUUCUACGAGGAGAUACGCAAUCGGAACAUCUGUGGCGCCAUCCACACGCUGCAGUCCAUGUUCAUAACGGAGCUAUCGAAUGGCCAGCAGACGCACUCACUGAGCCGCAUCAAGCAGGAUGGACCGGUCAGUCGUUCGCUGCCGCGACACUUCAAAGUAGCCGGCCAGGCGCCGCAGUCCGCACAAAGCUAUUACGACAUUAGCAAGGACAAGCUAUAUGUGGCCAAAAGUAUCUCAUUGAUUUGUCAAGCGCCCUAUGCAUUUGCCGCAGAGUUGUUCCUCAAGAAUCUGUACCGUUGUCUUCCACGACAGCCAGGCGCUGGCAUUAGUCUGGAGUCGUAUGUGUAUAACAUACUCUAUGAAGUGAUGCUACCUCAGCCGGGCAAAUCGAUACGCAUCUAUUUGCCACCCACGGAACCACAUCUGCCAGCUAUUGCAUUGAUCCUGCAACGUCCUGCGCUCGCCACUGAGCUGCCGCUGCUCGACUUUCCAUUGCGUUUGCUCUUCAGCUACCUGGGUGUGGAGUGCGUCAUUCAGCUGCUGACCUGUGUGCUGCUGGAGAGCCAGGUGCUGCUGCGUUCCACAGACUACCAAAGACUCAUGAUUGUGGGCGAGAGCAUCACAUCGCUGCUGUUUCCGUUCAUUUGGCCGCAUGUCUAUGCGCCUAUUUUACCCGCUGCACUGCAUCAUUUUCUGGACGCGCCGGUGCCGUUUGUGAUGGGUCUGCACGCCGGAUGCGAGGCAGCGCAUAAGAUUGGCAGUGAAGCAGCUUUGUGUUUUGUGGACAUCGACAAGAAGCACAUCCAGCUGCCCGAGGAGCUGCCGGUGUUUCCGCACAAGAUGGACUUUAUGGCCGAGAUCAUCUCGGUGCUGGACAAGUUCGAAAUCGAGCGCGAUCGCGCCCAGGAGCCCAGCCUAAAGAAUGGCUACUCCAUGCGUGGCGGCGCCGAUGCUAUGAUCUCUAGCUGCACGCUGCCCAACGGUGUGCAGGCAGCGCGUCGCAGCAAAGAGCGCUUCCAGCAACUACAGGAGACGGUCUACACGUUGUCCAAUAGUGGUGGCGGUGGCUCGCCCUCACAGAUGCCAGGCGUGGACUAUCAGCCAUUGGUGGCGCAUCCAUCGAAAAUCGACCAUGUGCCACGCAUUGCCGAUUUUCUGCGUCGCAAGGGAGGCAUGCGGGCUGCCCAGGCUGGUGGUGGCUCCCCCGUUGGCAGUCCCACUCUGUCCUUGUCUUCGUCCCCAGUGGGCAUCUAUCAGGAUGUCGAUGCCGUGGAUUCAACACUGCCGCCCUCUCGCAUGGGCUCGUUAUCGCGGCGCGCUGAAAAGCCAAUUUUGUCGGCGGUGGAGCAAUACUAUCAGGAUUUGCGCAUAAAUAACUCGCUGCGAGAGAUAUUUCUGAAUCGUUUCGUUCACAUGUUCCAUGCCUACGAAUACUUUGUCAUCUAUCCCAAUCAGGCCAAGGACGAGUGGCUCUCGAAUCGCGAAACACUGCAAAAUUUCGACAAGUCGUCCUUUCUCUCCGAUCAGCCAGAACAUCAUCGCGCCUUUCUCUCGCGCUUCCUUGAAUCUCAAAUGUUUGCCACGCUCAUUGACAACAAAAUUCUGGCCAUGUGGGAGCCACAGCCGGAUGAGCAGCUGCAGCUAUUCGAUCAGCGCAUUAAGCUGCUAAGGCGUCGACAUGGCGAGAAUAUGAUCUGCGCCACCAGCUAUGAGCCAUGCGUGCUCAGCCAGGAUUCGCAGCAGUGCUUCGAGAAGCGUCUCAAUUGCAUUGACAUUGAGGUGACGCCGCCAAGUGAGAUUUUAUCUAAUCGUGCCGCCUACUUUCGCAGCUUUCCGCUGCUUGAGAAGGGUGUGUUGAAUCAGGAGUGCGCCUCGAGAGGCAACAGCUUGCGACGGGUUAAGAAUGGAAACAAAUGGCGUGCCCGGGAGAUAUCGCUGGAUCAGAAGCCGUCGAACAGUGCCAAUUGCAACUCGAAUGCGGCCAUCAAUCGACUCUCGGCCAAUCUGACCACAACGGACGUCAGUCCCGCUCUGAUAGCGCAGGCCAACUGGACAUUUGUGGAGCGCUUGCUAAAGGACAUCAAGUCGAAGACGAAGCGCAUGCUGCUCGAGAAGAUGGGACACGAGGCGGUGGCCCUAGGCCUCAAAGGCGACGGCGUCGAGGAGAACACACUUAUAGCGAGCAUGUGCGAUUUGCUGGAGAAGAUCUGGUCGCAUGGCCUACAGAAUAAACAGGGCAAGUCGGCGCUAUGGGCUCAUCUGCAGGCCUAUCUGGAGCAGCAGGAGUCACGCAGCGUGGAACCUGCAACGCCAGUGUCCAGUAGCCCCAGCAGCAACAAGAUGAAUAUUGCCAGCGCCUCGCCAGCGUUGGCCUGGAAUGCCAUGCGCAAACGCAUGGAUUAUUUGUCCACAUUCCAAACGGAUUUCGAGAGUCCUCCCAGUCCGAAUCGUAGUCGUUCACGGGAUCGCAACAAAUUUGUGGGCCUGGAGCAGCUGUGCCCGCUGCCCGAGUCGCUGGAGUUUGAUGUCAAAAACGUGCUGGCCAUGGCGGACAUCAAGACACACAUUGGUUAUACGCGCGCCUGGGUGCGUCUCUCCUUGGAGAAAAAACUCCUGUCCCGCCACUUUCGCACACUGCUCUCCGAUGAGAGUCUGCUGCGUACACUCUACAAGCGGUCUGCCUUCCUGCGCUGCGAGGAGGAGAAGGAGCAGUUUCUCUAUCAUCUGCUUACGCUCAAUACUGUGGACUACUUCAGCUUUACCAACAUCUAUCCCACAACGAAGUUGCCCUAUCGCGUUGUCAUCUUUCCAUCACGUAAACACGGCUCCUACCACACCUCCAGCAACGUGUGGAUCAUGGUCUCCGGCACCAUGAAUGAAACCCAACGUGUGCCCGUGCCCAAGGGCUCGUUGGAGUUCAUCUUUCAUUACAAGAAUCUUGGCUUGCUGACCACCAUGCGCAUAGGACAUGACAACUCGGGGCCGAGUCACAAGUGGCUGGUGGAGCAGGUGGUAAUGAGGAAUGAGGUCACUGGGCACACCUACAAAUUCCCUUGCGGCCGUUGGCUGGGCAAGGGUGUCGACGACGAUUCGACGGAACGCCUGCUGGUUGGUCAACGUGUGCUCACCAGCGUUAAGAAUGCCGAGCUGGUGCCACCUACACGCACACCUCCACGGACUCGCAGUCCCAGUGUGCAGCGCCAGGAGUCGGUGUCGCCCUCAGAGGUUCAGCAUCAGUUGGGCAACUGCGUCAACGUGAUUGUCAAGUGGCAUUACAAACCAAGUCGGGAUCGUGAUGUGGGCACCCUGACGAAUCUGUUGUGUGGUGAUGAUGGAUUGGUUAAAUGCCUGGAACAGGUCUUCCUUUGCGGCUUUCGUUCAUCCCGUUUCUUCGGACGUAAUCUGUACAUCUGGGAUUACUUUACCAAGAUCAAAGAGCUUUUCGAACAGAAUCUGCAACAGGAACUGGAUGAUUCGGCAUCCAGUCUGGACUCCUCCUUCAGUAAUGGCAGCUGCAACAGCUUGCAGAGGCGUGAAAUUUCCAGCAUAUGGCGUCUCUAUGUGCAGCUCAUGGACGAGAUUAAUGGUACGGCCAGCACACUGGGCAAAGAUGGCAAAUUUCAGCUGCUCAUAUGCCUCAGUUUAAGGGAGCAUCUGCUGACACGUCUUAUCAAACCCAUGGCUUUGACGAAGGUCACCCAGGAGAUGUACGAGGAGGAGAGUUUUUUGCGUCGUCGCAAUCUUUUAACAUUUCUUAUACAAAUUUUGGAGCCGCUCGAUGACUGCCACAUCGUGCUGGAGAACUCCAUUACACAGGGCAUACGCAUUCCAUCCCAGUGCUGAGAAUAUAAUUAGACAAGGUAUCUCCCAGCCUAUCACUCACCCACAGACAUAUGCAACCAGUGACCUAGAAUACUCAUACAUAUGCCCUUAAUUAGUUAACGGGGAAUCUCUAAAACUCGAAUUCGUUGUUAGUUUGAUCGAAGCUAAUAAGACUUGUCAUCCAAUUUUAAUCCUAAUCCCAAACACUUGCCAUCGAACUCGCUUGCCAAGUGUUCACGAGUCAAAUUGUGAAGCCAAAGUUUAACAAAAAAAAUUCUGUGCAAUUAUGAAAUUAAUCCCAAAUAAUUCUAAAAAAAAAAAGUUGUUCAAUACGAAUUAUUGUGUAGAAUUUAGCAUUUAAGCUCCUCCAAUAACUUGGUCAAUUUUUACCCUAAGUUA